GACCAAUUUCAUCAACACAAUCCGGGUCAGUCAACAUGGCGGCUGCCGUAAGAUGUCUCAGGAGAGCCUUGAUACAACAUCAAAGGCAUAGUCUUUCCAAGAUGGCAUACCAGACACUUCUUUACCCUUGUUCAGUAAGCAGUCUCUUGCCCAACAGACAUUUUGCUGCUGCUGAUACAAAGCCUGCAAGGAAAAAGGAAAAAGAUGCCAAUGAAAAUAAAACAGAUGAAAAAACAGAUGAUAUAGAGAAAAUAAAGUCAUAUACCUACAUGGAAAGUGAACCUGAAGAUGAUGUCUACUUAAAACGCUUAUACCCGAGGCGGAUCUAUGAAGUGGAGAAAGCUAUUCACCUACUUAAGAAAUACCAAGUUCUGGACUUUACCAAUCCAAAGCAAGGUGUUUAUCUUGAUUUAACAUUAGAUAUGUCAUUGGGGAAAAAGAAAAAAUUGGAGCCAUUUUCUACCGUUGCUAGUUUGCCGUACCCUUUUGCUUCUGAGAACAAAGUUGCUGUAUUUACAGGGGAUGCAUCAGAGAUUAAAAUAGCUGAAGAAAAUGGAGCUGCUUAUGCAGGAGGAGCGGAUCUGGUUAAGAAGAUCUUGGAUGAGGAGGUUGUUGCAGAUUUUUAUGUAGCUGUUCCAGAAAUACUGACUGAGAUUAACCCAUUAAAGAAGAAACUGAAUAACAGGUUUCCAAAGACUUUUAGAAAUGCCAUUGGUCGUGACAUCCCCAAAAUGCUUGAAUUAUUUAAGACUGGGCUUGAAAUUAUGGUAGAUGAAGAAAGGCAGAACUUCCUCAGCACCAAAAUAGCAACAUUGGAUAUGCCAAGUGACCAGAUAGCUGCCAAUCUUCAAGCAAUUAUAAAUGAGGUCUGUAGGCAGAGACCACUGCAUCUGGGUCCAUUUGUGGUGCGUGCCUUCCUUCGUAGUUCAACCAGUGAAGGUUUGCUACUGAAGACUGACGCAUUGUUGCCCCAAAACGAUAAAACCAAAGAAGAUGCCUAGAAGUGUUGUAUUGUGAAAUUGUUUUGUGAGCUCAAGAAGAAGCAGAGAAAUCUGUAAAACUGUAUAAUUUCUAGUUUGGCUUCUCAGUCAGUACUUUUAGAAGUAAAUUUUAAUCCCCUUCCCUUUUUUACUGUUUCAAAAAUAAGGGAAAAAAUGAAAUUUCGGCUUCUAAAAA